AAGCAUCGCACUCUCCUUUGUUACAUCGACACCCCGGCCAGGUUCCUUCCCUACGUACACCCCCGAGUCUGAGUUGACGCUGGUAGGGUCAAGUAAACUACUAGGGUCUUAUCGAAGCCAUCAUGGCAAAUCACACCAAUAGAAGACGAGGAAACCGCAGACAACAGGAGGAGCCCUGCCAGCCAAGUCUGUAUUGUGAUCCGUCGACUAUGCGUCGGAACACCUUUGGUCCUGAGCUCCCUGCCGUUGCAAGUGCACCUGUGCAUAAUACUUUCUGCCCUAAUCUGCCUCAGGCAAACCAUCUCGCCAUGCGGUUGGAUCACCAGCAGAAGGAAGUGGAGAAUUGGAACAGAAUGCAAAUGGAACAGUUCCGUUUUCCAGGCCCUCAGCCGAUGUAUGAGGCACCUGGUCUAGCUCCUAAUGGACCUCCACUCAGCCCUGAAACUCGUGCUAUGUCACCAAUGUACACCAUGGCGCCAAUGCACUACGCACCCUACGCUUUGCCUGCUACUGGGCCCCUGAUUGUGGGAUCAGUGCAGCCCGGAAUCUCUGGAGAAGGUGAAAGAUUCCAAGGCCUCAAAGCAGGAGCGAGCGGGAACACCAGAAACUACUACCCCAGCUCUACUCUUCGUGGAGAUGCACCUGAGUUCGUCCCGAAAGCGAAACGCCAAGUGAAUGAGGCCCAGCGUUUGGUCCCAAAUGCCAAUACCGUGUUCAUUGUCAGUAGCACCGGUCAACACAUGAUGCGAGGACGGUGAGACUUUGGCGACCUUUUCGGGAUAAUACACUGCGUUGUUAUUGUCU